AUGCCUAUUCAUGCUGUCCUCGUUUUUGAAAGUACGAAUCAUGGAAAUAUUUUAGUUUUAGAUGGUGUCAUUCAGGUUGCUGAACGUGAUGAAUUUGCUUAUCAAGAGAUGCUUACACAUUUGGCUUUGAACUCACAUCCCAACCCAAAAAGAGUUCUUGUUGUUGGAGGUGGUGAUGGUGGUGUUUUGCGUGAAAUUGUUAAGCAUGAAUGUGUGGAAGAAGCGAUUCUUGUUGAAAUUGACGAUGUUGUUUUAGAUGUGGCUUCUAAAUACCUUCCUAAUAUGUCAUCUGCUUUCAAGCAUCCAAAAGUCACAGUAAACGUUGGAGAUGGCUUUAAAUAUCUUGAAGAUAUUUCUAAAGAAACGGAUGACUCCAAGAAGUUUGAUGUUAUAAUCACCGACUCCUCCGAUCCUGAAGGUCCCGCCCAACAGUUGUUCCAGCAAUCUUUUUACAAACUACUUUACAAUGCACUUUCGGAAAAUGGAAUAGCAUCAUGCCAGGUUUCUGAGAAUGAAUGGCUUAAUCUUGAUCUCAUUCGUGAUUUAAAAACAUCAUGUAAAUUAGUAUUUCCAGUGGUAGAAUACUCUUAUACAUGUGUUCCAACUUAUACCUCAGGUCAACUAGGCCUUUUUGUCUGCAGCAAGGAUCCUAAUUUAGACGUUAAAAAGCCUCUUAGAGUUUGGGAUGAAGAAACAGAAGAAUCGAUAAAUAAGUAUUACAACAAAGAAAUGCAUGAAGCCUCCUUUGUUUUACCAACUUGGGCCCGAGAUAAACUGAAGUGA